UCUAAUAAUGUUUCUAAAUCUCUAACUAAUCAGUAUAUUGAAUUUGAAUAAUUUUUGUCUCAAAGAUUUCAUUAACCAAUCGACAUUAUAAUUUAUAAAAUACAAAUUUUACAAACAAAUUUCGAUCCAAGUUUUAUAGUUAUUAAUCAUAAAGUACACAGACAAAUCUGAUUGAAAUCAAUCACUAAGCCAAAACUUUUUUUUUUUUUGGAAAGGACACUACAAAAGUUAGAGGAUUUUUAAAAAUUAAUAUACGACACAAUUUAAAUUUAUUUGGCUAAUUUUCAAAAUUACAACUGACAAAAUGAAUGAAACUAGUCUUUUCAUGUACUCGGCACAAACUUUUCAAUUUUUGUCUAUAUUAACUUACAUUAACAAACUAAGCGAUAUAUUUUACAGUCAAGAUCUAUUAGAAUCAAACAAUCAAUUUCAACACUUUGCAAUCAUUAAUGCAUACUUUGAGCAUCUCAACAGAACGAGCAACGAGGCAGACGCGAAAAGGCAUCUCGUCCUAAAACUACUCCAAGGAUCUGAUCUGUACGGUGGGCAUGAAAAUGAAACACUUGACAUAGAAUAUGUCGAUGCAACUUUUCAUUAUAUUAUAAGUAACAUUAUAUUUGCGGACUAUGGAAAUGUCUAUGGUUACUUGGCAAAAAUCGUCAACUUGUCAAAUAAUUUGACACUCUCGUUCCUCAAAGAAAAUAUCCUCAAGGAUCUAAUGAGUCUUGAGUUUUUGACUCCAAACGGAACGCUUUCAAAACUCAGUCUUCUGUCAUCAGUUAGAAUCAGAGACGACUUUCUUUUGUCUUUUUUCCCUCAACCAGAAAAGGACAUGAACAUAACUGACAUUGAUUAUAUUUAUGCACAAGCUGGUUUAAUAUUUGCUCACUCGGGGAAAAUUAACACAACUAACGUGACUUUCAAUGAUUUAAUCGUACUAUCGCAGACAUUAGAAUUGGCAGUCCUACAGAACAUAACAAAUCAAUCUGCAUUGACAAUUUUUACUCUUCCAGCUCUUCUCUUUAAUGCAGGUAACGAAGCAAAGAAAUUUAAUCAACAAUAUGUCGCGGACUGUGUUCAGAAUGAAAAUUUCUUGACAGAAACGCUAAAUAGUUUAUUCUCAUACUUAAAUGAAACCUUUCUGACAAUUAAUCGGGAGGCAUACGAGAGCAGUCCAUUUUAUCAAUUCAGUAUUACCAUGUCAAAGUUCAAAAGUCGUACUGUUCUUGCAGAAGAUUUUUUACGUCAACAAUGUAAUUUGAAAAAUGAAAGUGAAUACGAAUCAGCAAUUGACAAAUAUAAGUUAUUCGCAUCGAGCAGUGAGUGCCCCAAUAAUGAAAGUAUAUUAUUGCCAAAUGUAGAUCAAGUUUACCAAAAUCAGAUUGACGUGCUUCAAGAGAAAUAUCACUCUUUUAUGGAGAUUUUUCUGCAGCAAGUGUUUUAUGAAGCAAAAUUAGUGGACUUGAUUAAUUCAACAAAAACCACUGUUUACGAAAGUCAGACAGUUCCAAUUCAGACUUCAUGUUUUCCAGUUCCUUGUCCACCGUAUCAACCACGUCUAAAUCCAAAUAUUUAUUUAUUUGCCUUGAGAACAUCGGAUGGUGAUUUUUAUUAUGCAUUGGUCAAAAGUGAGAGUAAUUUAACUUUGUUGUACUACAACAGCGAUCCAGAGGAGUUUUUAAACAAAGUCGGCUUGUCGCGAAAAGAAAAUCUUGAGAUAUCCGCAAAUCCAAGAAUUUUAAAAUACUCUUUUGAAACUUACGAAACUUUUAUUGAUCGCUUAGCACGUUUGAAAGCUAAAGAAUUUGCAAAUGAAUUGUAUUUCACAGGAUAUGAGAAAACAUUCAAAGAGAAGAUUGUGGACGGAUUAGUAGCUUUUAUUCCAUUUUACAAUUGUAUUAAAUUCUCAAAAGCAGGUGACAACGUAGGUGCUUCGUUUUCAUGCAUUAGUGAUGUCAUCAGUUGGAUUCCUUUCGCAGGUCAAUUACUGCAACUUAGCAGUAAAAUUGGAACAAUGGCUUUUAAUAACCUACUUCUUGCCACUGGAGUCACUGUUAGAACAUUUACUGCAAGACAAGCAAUUCGCAUCUCGAUGGAAGUUGGACUUCACGAGGCUUCGUCAGGAUUAAUGGAAAUCGUGAAAAAUGUGAUUUUUACUAAAGAGAUGUUCAAGAGUCUGUUCGUGGGUUUAGUUCGAACAGUGGAUCCUGGCUUUGAAUUUGUAGGCAGGUUACACUGGAAAGGAGGAUUAUUGCUGGGUAAAUUGUUUAAAAAAACUUGGACAGUGACUGCAAAGAAGUAUCCAUUCAUAAAAGUGAAUUUUCCCAAGGAAAUCUGGCAGCAGUUGACCAAAGCGAGUUUCCAGUCGGCAGAUGAUUCUGGAAUGAUUCCCGUUUUACUAGGACAGAGGGACGGUUAUGAUGUCUUUAGAUACAGAUACCCAGGAGGAGAAAAGAGAUUUGGACCAAAAUUUCUUCGUUUACCGAAUACAAACGCUGAAUUAAGGCGGGUCAUUGGCUUUAAUGCAGAGACUCCCGUAGUCGUGUCAAGAAUUAACAAAUAUAAAGUGUAUUACAAAAAGAUUGAUUUGAAAACCAAAAAUACUUACGGUUUAGAAUUGGAAUUGAAUCAUAACGGUUUGCUGCGACCAGUCAGACCUUCAUUUCGUGAGCACAUUGGAACAAUUAUGAGGGAAGGAUUGAGCGGUAGAGGGAAAGUAAUGAUCGAAAGGGAAAGAUCCAUUAAUGAAGCUGCAAAUCUGAUAGCUAAUUCAAAUCCUUAUUUGAGUCGUAGUAGUGUUAAAUCUGUAUUAAAACAUUACGUUUUAGCAGUUGAACGUCCGUUGGGUAUGCAGGAGGAUCUAACAAACGUUAUGAUUGAUCCAGUUUUAAUCAAUCAAAUAGAAGACGUAAAUCAUAUUUCAUUGAAGAAGUACUUAGGAGAGAAUUUGCUUGCUGGCGAUCUUGCUUUGAACAAUUAUCUAAUUAUACCUACCUACAAGGAUUUUGCGCUCGAUUGGAUUAGAACUAAUGGGAUACAUAACUCAUAUUCUCAAUUUUAUGUGGAAAAUUCAGCGAAAUUAGAUUCCUUAAGGAGUAGCUAUGUUAUUGAUAAUUUUAUAAAAGCGGACUUGGAAGAAUUUAAGAAUAAAUAUGGAUCGCUGUAUGGAUCUUAUCAAAAUAUAGUAAAGUCUGAUUUCAGUAGGGUUUAUAAUAAAUAUAACUCUAUUAAUGCAAGAAGGUUUGUUAGUUUUCAAGAUUAUAUCGGAUUGACGAUUUAUUCGACAAGCGGUGUCAAAAAUCCAAACAGGCAUAUCAAGAAUACUCUGUAUAAAUUAGCCAUAAGGCAAGCUGACGAGACUAUUCAAUUUUCAAAGAAAUUAUUUUGUUUAAAAGGGAAAACUAAAGAGGAAUUUCAAAUCGAUAAAUUACUAGCAAAAGGAGAUUUAGUGAAUUCCAACUUUUUUCUAAGGGCAUCAAGUAAAGAGAAGUUUAUAGAUAAUAAAGUAAUUGAAAUUAUUAACAAAAAUUUAAUUCCAGUAAAAUAUGAAAUACAUUUGGAUUCCAAUUUUUUGGCAGUAAAUGUGAACCGUGUGAUUCCUACAAAUGAGGAACUCUUUGUAAUACUCCCCAAUGUAGAAUUUUAUAUCGAUGAUAUAAUUGAAGAAAUAAAUAUUAUAACUGUAAAAAUGUACAAUAAGCCUACUGUAAAAGAACUAUCGUUAGUGAAAUAUAUGUCAGAAAUAAAAAAUUUGUAAUAAAAUUACUAUAAUAAUAA